AGAGAGAGAGAGAGAGAGAGGGAGAGGGAGGGAGGGGGUGACGAAUGCUCAGUAAAUGCGUUUUGUUUUACGUCAAUCAAUAAGAAUCGGAGAAGAAACGAAUCCCGCAGUGAAUGCGUAACAGAAGAAACCCAAAGCGAUCGGCCGGCGAAGGAGAGAGAGAGAGAUUGGAGAGGUCGAGGUUUCCGUCCUUCAAUGGCGCUCGCACUGGCUUCGUUCGAUCGCUGAGGCAGGGAGAGGGGGGAGCGAUUCUCGCUGGUUAGGGUUGAGCCUUCUUCUUCUUCUUCUGCUCUCGGUUCAUGAAUUGGUGAGGGGGAAGGGGACGGACUGAGGCGGGGGAAAAGCAGCAGCAGCGGCGGCGGCGGCGGCGGCGGCGAAGGGAUGAUGAGCUGGCGAAGGGUGUUGAAGUCCGUGCUGGCGCUGGUGGCGCACGGCCUCCUGCUCGCCUUCACCCUCCUGCUCCUCCUCAAGCUCGACCGCGGCGUGCGCUACUCCUGGUGGAUAAUCUUUUUCCCGCUUUGGGUAUUUCAUGCUGUUGUUGCAAGAGGGAGAUUUUCAUUACCAGCACCGUCAGUUCCUCAUAAUCGUCAUUGGGCCCCUUGCCAUGCCAUUGUGGCGACACCUUUGCUUGUUGCAUUUGAAUUACUUCUUUGUAUAUAUCUGGAGAGCGGUUAUGUUCAUAGGGAUCCUGCUGUGAACUUGAAGAUAGUCUUUCUUCCUUUGUUGGCACUGGAAAUAAUUAUUCUUAUUGACAACUUUAGGAUGUGCAGGGCUCUGAUGCCAGGGGAUGAUGAAGGCAUGACCGACGAGGCAAUAUGGGAGACACUUCCUCACUUCUGGGUUGCAAUCUCCAUGAUCUUCUUUCUCGCUGCCACAGUCUUCACCCUGCUUAAGCUGUGUGGAGAUGUCGGUGCUCUUGGCUGGUGGGACUUAUUUAUAAAUUUCGGCAUUGCAGAGUGCUUUGCCUGCCUUGUUUGUACUAAGUGGUCUAAUCCCAUAAUACAUCGAAAUUCUCGCAUAAGGGAUCCCAGCUCGUCUUCUGCAACUAUCACAUAUCUUGACUGGAACAGUGGCUUAGUAGUUUCAUCAACUGAGAAUCAGAAUGAGGAUCGACUAUGUGGCUUGCCAGAAAUUGGUGGCCACAUUAUGAAACUUCCAAUUAUUGGUUUCCAGAUCCUUCUUUGUAUGCGCUUAGAGGGAACACCUUCUGCUGCUAGACAUAUACCACUCCCAAUUCUUUUCUCUCCACUGUUCCUUUUGCAAGGUACUGCUGUACUAUUUGCUGCUUCAAGGUUAGUGGAGAGAAUAAUUCUUCUUCUGCGGAGUGGUGCUGGUGCUGGAAGAUACUUUAUAUUUUCGGCAAGAGUUCAUGACUGUCUAGCAUUCCUGCACCAUGGUUCCCGGCUUUUGGGAUGGUGGUCAAUUGAUGAGGGAAGCCGUGAGGAGCAAGCCCGGCUUUUCCAAGAGGGCGCUUCUGGCUAUAACACCUUUUGUGGUUAUCCACCGGAAGUAGUGAAAAAAAUGCCUAAAAGGGAUCUAGCUGAGGAGGUUUGGAGACUUCAAGCAGCUUUAGGUGAGCAAACAGAAAUCACUAAAUUCAGCCAGCAGGAAUUCGAAAGACUUCAAAAUGAAAAAGUUUUGUGUAGGGUUUGUUUUGAGAGAGAAAUUAGCAUCGUACUGCUUCCCUGUCGUCACCGUGUUCUUUGCAGUGCAUGCUGUGAGAAAUGUAAGAAGUGCCCAAUUUGCCGUGUUUCCAUAGAGGAGCGGUUACCUGUAUAUGAUGUUUAGGUAUAAUCCUGCAAAUCGCUUUUCUCCCUUAUUAUCUGAUUUUCUUUUUAUAUAAAUCAGCUGGAGUGGGGCUAGAAAAUUUCUUAACCAUCACUGAUGUUUAUAGGGAUACUUUGUAGACGGUGUUACUGGUUUGAGUAAACAUUAGUGAAUUUUCAGAAUACAAUAUUCAAAUAAUGUUUUUGUUUUGUUCCAUGUAUCUUUAAUUCGAAAUUGUAAAUGCUCUGUACUUGUAUCGUAAGUUCUGUUUACAGGUUUUGUGCUUGACUGCUUCAGCGCUACAUUGUAUAAAUUGCAUAAGCUUGUAUAGAUUUGUUUAAUCCUAACGA